AUGUAUUGGCAGAUCUGGGUAGAUCCGAAACACACUCCAUUCCAGCGAAUACUUUUCCGUAACAAUAGAGGGGAUUUCGAAUUGAAAACAGUAACCUUUGGAGUCAAUUGCGCGCCUUUCCUGGCCAUCCGAGUACUGCAGCAGCUAGCAGCUGACGUAGAACUCAGGCAUCCAAAAGCUAGCAAUAUCAUUCGAAAUUUCAUGUAUGUGGAUGAUGUUCUAGCCGGAGCGGACUCCACGGAAGAAGCUCAGCUCAUGGUGCAAGAGCUCCGAGACGCUCUGAAGUCCGCCGGAUUUCCAUUGAGAAAAUGGACCUCCAACCAAAAGGAAGUUUUAGCGGCCAUUCAGAGCAACCAUCUAUUAAAUACUGAUUUUCUCGAGAUCGAUGCAGAAAGCACUGCCAAAACACUCGGUAUUCGCUGGAAGGCAUCCUCCGACGAAUUCUUCUUCGUCCCGCCAGAUUUGGCUAUUGAAACGUCCUUUAAAAAACGCCAAGUCCUGUUCCAAAUUGCCAAAUUGUUCGACUGUAGUAUUCCAAACGUGGUGAAUUGAUAGGGCAGACAUUUAAGUUUAUAACUCUUUAUUUAUUCUGAGAGUUUUAGUUGGGCAGAAAAAGGUUCUGCCCGUUCGGUGGUUUACAAGGCUCUCAAUAUUCGAUCUUAAGUAUAUUUCGGCUAAGCUUAAGCAGCGUGGCUGCGCUGCCGGAUACGCCAGCAGCGGAGCGGCUCUCUCUUAUGUAUAUCUUAUAUAUCUAUGCUUAUCGCGAGAGUGAGUUAUGCACAUAUGUAUUGUGCAUUUGGUCAGCGUGGGAAUGCUGACCAUGCACUUAUACUUUGUAGCCUUCCAGUGGACGAUCAUGUUACAUCCGUCUUGAGGCUUAUUGACAUAAACAUAGCAACAAAGUGUUGCCAUGUGUUUGUAUACUUAUUGUUCUUAAUAUUACGUAUGCGCACACUACAUCUCCCUCCUUUUGAAAAAUAACGUAACCUAGUGUAGUUAUUUUAUUUAAUGAAUGCAUAUUAUAUAUAUAUUAUUAUAUUUUUUUUUUUUAUUUUAUUUUUUUUGUUUAGCUUGAACAAUACUAUUACAAAAGUGAAUUUUGUAAUAAGAAAUAAAAAUUUUGUAUAAAUGAUCAAGAAAAAUAUAAGUGUAACGUCAGUUAUGAAUGGAAUUUCUUUAAUCGAUCUUUAUGAACUAUUUGUUUCUUGUUUUUAUUUGUAAGUAAAGUAAUAUUAUUAUUUUCUCCUAUGCUUUUUAUCUUAUAGGGCCCUGUGUAUUUAAAAUCUAAUUUAUGGCCUACCUCAUUUUUUAAUAAAACUUUAUCUCCUACUUCUAACUCUAAAUUUUUUGUUUUUAAGUCGUAAUUUCCCUUACUUUUCAAUUUAUGUGCUUCAAGCAGUUUCCUUGCUCGAGCAUAUGCUACUUCUAAUCUAUAUUUACUUUCUUUAGCGUAAUCAUCUAUAUUAUAUAUUGGUUCUAUGCUAUGUAACUUAUUAAAAUGCUUUGGUAAAUUACUUGUUUUACCGAAAACUAAUUCGUAUGGACAAUAAUUAUGUACCAUAGAUGGGGUUGUGUUGAAGCAGUAUACAAAAUACUGAAGCCAUACAUCCCAAUCGGUUUUGUCCGCCGAUAUAUAGGAUCGUAUAUACUCGUUCAAAGUUCUAUGACUUCGUUCGAUCACUCCAACUGUCUGGUGGUGAUGAGCUGUUGAUGUUAUAUUUUUGAUUUUUAAAUAUUUACAUAGGUCAGUAAUUACUGAAUUCUUAUACUCUGUUCCCAUGUCCGUUAUGAACGUCUUCAUCGGACCGUACUUCAGAAUAAAGGAUUCGAAUAUAGCUUUAGCAACUGUUUUUGCGCUUUUAUCUGCUAUUGGAAUGGCAACUAAAUACUUGGUUAAAUCACAUAUGAGGGUGACUGCGUACUCGUUACCAUUUUCCGACCGGGUAGUGGACCGAUUGUGUCCACGACAACUCUAUCGAAAGCAUGUUCUGGUGUUUCUGUUAUAGUCAUUGGGGUCUUUGUAUGCUUUGUUAUUUUUGAUUUUUGGCAUUUUUGACACUUUUUUACGUACUCUGUUAUGUAUUUACUCAUAUUUUUCCAGUAAAAACGUCUUUUGACCUUGGCCAAGGUUUUUAUAAUGCCUGUAUGACCUUGUACUGGAUCAUCAUGUAGUGUAGACAAUAUAGCUUCUUUUUCUUUUUCAUUAUUUAUUGUGGUCACCGGGAUAAGUAGCGCUACUUUUAAUUUCUUUAAUAUUUUGUUGCCCAUAUUUUUAAAUUCAUCUAUUGAAUCGUGUACAAAGAUUUUUUCCCACGGUGCCAUUUUGAGUUGGCUGAUAUCGUAUAUACCGGCUUGCGAUUCAAGCCUUUGGAAAAAUUGAUCUAGAUCAAGAACUCCAUUAGUAUAAAGAUCACCAACAUCAUAUCUUGCAAUGAUUUUUUUUCCAUGUUUAAAUAAACAUAUCGAAUCAUUCAAUUGCAAUGUCACUACUUUUCGUACCUCGUCAUUUGUUAUGACUGCGUAUACGUUGGGCUCUGAAGCUUUUUCUUUGGAUUGCUCAUGCAAAUCCACUUGUUCUUUUCCUGCGCAGGAUUUUUGUCUACUUUGAAAUCUUGUAGUGACUUUUAAUAUAUUUCCAGUAAUUUCUCUUAGCUCUUUGAUGGUUAUUCUUGAUAGCGCAUCAGCUACAUGAUUAUCUUUGCCCCUUAAAUACUCUACCGUAAAAUUAUAUUCCUCUAAGUCAAGCCUUAUUCUUGUUAAUUUAGAACUGGCGUUGACCAUUGAGAAUAAAUAUGUCAAUGGUCUAUGAUCUGUUUUCACAGUGAAGUGUCUUCCGUAGAUGUAUGGUCUAAAAUAUACUAUUGCCCAAUGAAUUGCUAUUAACUCUUGUUCUGUUGUACUCUUAUUGCUCUCACCUUUGGUAAGACUUCUUGAUGCAUAAGCAACUGCGAGUUGGUGGCCAUUGUGGUUUUGAGUUAACACUGCGCCACAUGCUUGCUUGCUUGCAUCUGUUAUUACGAGUAUGCAAAAUUCUUUGCUGAAGUCUGGGUACUGCAAGAGCGUUGGGUUUAUUAGCUGCGAUUUUAAAUGUAUGAAUGUAUUUUGGCAUUUAUCUGUCCACUCGAAUGGAACAUUCUUUUUACAUAAUCUUGUUAUGUGCCGCGAAUAGUCGGCGAAAUUUUUGAUGAAACGUCUGUAGUAAUUGCAGAAUGCAACAAAACGUCUAGCGCUGUCCGCAUCAUGUGGAACUGGGUAGUUCUGAAUGACAUCAUAUUUUUUGUCAUCCGGCAAAAUUCCUUUGCCUGUGCAUUUAUGUCCCAAAAAUGUGAAUUCAUGCAUGAAAAAUGAACAUUUUUCAGGAUGUAAUUUUAGGUUGUAUUCCCUGCAUUUAUCAAAAACUUCAGUGAGGUUUUUAACCAUAUGCUUUUCGGAACAACCGAUGACUAUUAAGUCAUCCAUAUAGAGGAAUGCCUGAGACGGGUCUAUUCCGGAGAAUGCUAAAGUCAUCAUUCUUUGGAAUGAAUUAGGCGCUAUUUUUAGACCAAAUGGCAAUCGCGUGAAACGAUAUGAGCCAUUGUUGGUUGAGAAAGAUAUUAUAUCUCUUGAGCCUUCAGCCAGCUCGAUCUGAUGAAAACCUGACAUCAAAUCAAGGCAAGAAAAAUAUUUUGCUCGACCUAGUUGGUCCAAAAUAUCAUCUAUUCUCGGUAGUGGAAAUUUGUCAGCUAAAAGUUUCUUAUUAAUCUGGCGAUAGUCUAUUACUAAUCUCCAUUUCUUUUUAUCUGAACCUGGGCUUGACUUUUUAGGUACCAACAGCAAAGGGCUAUUGUACUCUGAAAUUGAUGGUUCAACUAUUUUAUCUUUUAU